UAGAUUGCAAUUAUAAACCUAAGAAAGGUAAAGAACGAGAAUUAGAAAUAGAAAGUUAUAUUAAAAAAAUCCGUCCCUCCGUGGUAGUUAGCAAUGACGCUCAAAAUGAAUAUGAUGAAGAAAUAAUUGUCGCCCCGUUAACCAGUAAAGAAUUAGAAAAAAUUCGCUCUUAUGAAUUACUGAUUAAGCGAAAUAAAAAAAAUGGCCUAGAUGAGGAUAGCAAGAUUUUACUUAACCGUUUACGGAAUGUUGAAAAAAUUGUUCGCUUAAAAUUUUUAUUGAUUUGGCUAUUCCGAAAGUAA